AUGAAAAAUUUGACGCGAAAAGGGAUGGAGCUUUUAACGUCCGUACUCUAUGUCAAAUUGGCAAACAGGCUAUGCUUGCUGAAACCUUGUACUCCCUUAAAAUUGAUGUAUGCUGUGUCUCCGAAACACGCAUACCUGAGGAUGUUGGCGCCAUGUGACGAGCAGAUGUUGCGCUCGAAACCGAUGCAAGACGAACGGGGCCAUCAGUCCUAA